UGGUUUUUGUUUAUAAAUGGCCGCCAAACAUGCACAGACAAAAAAUGUCGUGUUAAUCGAAUUGUAUUUAAACAUGUUCCUUCGAUGAAGUGUGCACUUUUUGGCUAUUCCAUUGACAGGGGGAUUUCACUGCCUCUUUUAGAAAAGUUGCGAGUGUUUAAUAUUGUAAAUUCUUGUCGUAAAUAUUAAAUUUCUGUCUACAUCUGAACUACAACAAUGAGGAUAAGUGGUAUUGUUCCAGCGCGUUUUCUGACCAUCGUAGCUCAUGUCAUAAUACUCAUCAUCCUCUUCUGGGCAAAGGAUGACAAUAUCAAACAAUGCUUACCAUCAACGUACACCCAAUCUGAGUACGACUCUAAAGACACAGAAAUGAUCAUUGGUCUAUCUGUGGGGCUGGGACUGAUGCUUAUAGAGCUCAUCGGAUUCAUUGGUGGAAUCUCCAUGUUCAUGCCAUUCCAAAGCAUGCUUUCUGUUGCCUGUCAUGCAGGGGCGGUGAUAGCCCUGUUUUUCUUCCUGUUUGAGUUUUGGCCGUGUUCGUAUUACUGGUACAUCUUUGGAUUCUGCAGUGCGUUUCCUGCGGUGACGGAGAUGAUGGUGUGGUUAGGAGUCGGGUUCUUUCACAAAGGGCUAUAGACCAAGUGUAACAUCAGUAGAGCUUGUGAUGCCUAGAGGUAGCAACAUAUCUGUAUGCAGUCAAUUUUUGAAUAUUUACAGAAAAUUAUUUUUAUAUUUACUGACUUUAUACAAGGUUGUGAAAGAGAGACAGGUUGUCAAGAUCUUGACUAGUGUAUGCCAGACAUUGAUGUACAAGAUCUUGACUAGUGUAUGCCAGACAUUUAUGUACAAGAUCUUUGUAGUGUAAAUGAUUUUGUGUAGUUGAUUAAUGAAUGAAAUAAAUAUGAAUUAUUA